CUUCUGUCCAAAUCACGGGUUUUCAGCCAAAGGCACAUUCACACGCACAUACACAUACACACACACUACCUGGCGCAGUGAAUGACCGACGUCACCACCCGUUUCCAAUGGCACAUGAAGAAUGAGGAAGAGGAGUCCAUCCAUGGGACAGAGAGAGAACAGCCAUCACUUAAGAGAAAGUUGUGUGAGAGUAAGUCAUUGAUACUUCAGGUGUCAACCAUCACUGGAGACAUGGUGUUGCCCUCCAAUGUUGGAGGCUGGUGCUCCAGGUUCUUGGAGCGACACCGCUCUGCGCUGAAUUUUGCGCUGCUGGUUACCGGCUACACUUUCUAUCUGAUCGUCGGCGCCGGGAUCUUCUCCACCAUCGAGCUGCCCUACGAGCAGGAGCUCCGGGAGCAGCUGCAGGAGGCCCGCAAGGACUUCCUCCGCAACAACACCUGCGUGUCCGACGCGCGCCUGGAGGAGCUGCUGACCCGAGCGCUGGAAGCCAGCAACUAUGGCGUCUCGGUGCUGGGUAACGACAGCGACCGCAACUGGGACUUCGUAUCCUCGCUGUUCUUCACCAGCACCGUGCUGACCACAACAGGUUAUGGCCACAAUGUUCCUCUCUCAGAUGAAGGGAAGGCCUUCUGUAUCUUCUACUCCGUCUUUGGCAUCCCCUUCACCCUCUUCUUCCUCUCUGCCUUGGUGCAGAGGAUCAUGGCCGUGGUGACGCGACGUCCGGUGUCCUAUUUCCACCGCCGAUGGGCCAUGUCUAAAUCGAAGCUUGCCUUCAUCCACGCCACCUGCCUCACUAUCUUCAUGACUCUGCUGUUCCUCAUCAUCCCGGCGUGGAUCUUCAUCGGCCUGGAGGAAGACUGGAACUUUCUGGAGGCUCUGUAUUUCUGUUUCAUCUCUCUGACUACCAUUGGCCUUGGAGAUUAUGUCCCUGGAGAGACUCACAGUAAAGAAGCCAACCCACACCCACAGCUCUACAGGCUGACUAUUACAGUCUACUUGCUGCUGGGCUUGGUGUGUGCCCUAGUGGUGCUGGAGACGUGCUGUGAGCUCCCCCAGAUGAGACGCCUCCGACAGAAGUUCUACCAAGAGAGUGUUCGGGAGCUGGACUCAGAGACGACCAACAUCAUCGAGCGGGACCAGCUAAGUGACGUCUUGGAUCAUGCGACAGAUAGCCUACCGGCCAUCUCAUCUGUGUCCGAGCAGGCUGCAUCUUUACGGCAACACAGCAAGUCUUACACCACAGGAUCGCCUGAUAACAGAAAACUGAGAUGACAGACUGUUUUUAAGGAACUUGUGUAUGAACUAUUGCCACAUAUUCAGCUACUCAGGAUAUUCUGGCAAUGACCUCUAUCUUUAUGGGCACUCUGGCCAUGCUUGUGUCAUUUAAUUGCUUAAAAAGCGAUUGCUUUCUGCUGUUGCCAACAUCAACACGCAUUUGGGUAGCAGCAAGAACCACCCACAGAUAAUCAGGAUGGCGUUGUUUUCUUGUUCUCCCCUGUAGCUCCCAUUCCCUGCAGAUAAGAGCUGGAUCUGUGACACAGAGGAAGGGCUGGGCCCCUGAACGGAGGGAAACCCCACAAGUUUCCACUUCCUGCCAAAGUCUUAAAUCUUGAAGCCAUAAUUCCAGCACAGCACAGGAUUUCACACUCCCUUUUUGCACAUUGUAUAAUCUAUAAUCUAUUUGCAUAGGAAAUUUGCCUUCUUAACAGUCUUGCAGUUCAGGCAGAACGAGGCACACCAUCACUUUGGGUAUUGUACAUUAUAUGGAAGAAUUCAGAGUAAAUGAUUAAAUAAGGGCAAGGAGGAAUACAUUUAUUUUUUCUGGUUGAAAGCUCCAGAUGGCAUGUUUACAAAGUUCAUUGUGGUGUUUAUACUGCAACAUGUUCCCUGUGGCCACUAGAGAGCAGCACUUUCAUGUUAUAUACAAAACUGUGUUAUUGAAAAAUACAAUUAAGGUGCAAGAAUAUGUCAUUGUGACAACUAAGGCUGAGAAAACAUGG